GUGUGUGUGUGUAUGUGUGUGUGUCUACAUGUCUGAUAAACACAAGUUGUCGGAGAACCGCCCAUCCAGAGUAUUUAAGCCAAUCAGAAAACAAAGCAUACUGAAACUGAAGGAAGAUGCACAGCGAGCGGAGGAAAGUUGGUGUGUUUAAAUGGUGACAGGGGUACGUUAGGCUUUGUCAACGCUUCUCAGCUGGAUGUGUUAUUAGUAGCUCCAGCACUGGUUACGCUUAAAUGGCUUAAAACAAUCCCUGCUAUUUAUAACACUCCGGUUCCGAGUUUUGACGAUCGCUUGCCUUGAUUGAAGUCGACAACAAGAAAACGUGAGAAAUGCAUUGUCUCGGCAUUCUUGUCAUGUUGUGGGACCUGUCUCUGGCUUUCACUGCUCCAGUGGACACCAUAAUAGUGCAGGUCCAGCAGUGGGGAGUGGUGGGUGCUCAGAGGGUCGUGGACCAGGUCCUCCUCAAUGGAGUUUCUCUGACCGAUGCAAGCCAGGAAGUUGACAACAUUGUGCAAGCAAUAUCAGCUGACGCACUCCUUCCAACUCUUAUCAGUGUGAACCAGAGUUUACUUCCCAAAAACCACACUGUUCUUCGUUCACGUGAAUGCAUCCUGGAGGGGUCUCAGCUGCACUGGACCGACCGUGUGUUCUGUGAUGGGGAGGUUUAUCUGACUCUAGACCACAGCGAUAUGUGGACAGCCCACGUACCACAGGCACUGGCCAUCAAAGCCCUGUGGGACCAAGAAGUGCAACGCACAAAGACUGAGAGGAUCCGCCUGGAGGAGGGAUGUGUCAAACUUAUGAGAGAAUUGAGAUUGUCUGAGGUGCAGUCAGCUCAAGGCAUUCCUUUGCCUCAGUUUCUGAUUCCUGUCAUGGCACUUGUGGCAUUCAUCGGACUAGUCUUGAUCAGCCUUGUCCUCUCCAAAGGCUAUGGUUUGAGGCACCCUGGAGGUGUUAUUGGCUCUGUCAUACAUUACCCAAAGGAUAUGACUGAUAUGCCCCAAGAAAUAAAGGGCAAUGGUUACCGUACCUUGUAAUGCUAAGGUCCAGCUGAUCAGGUUCACAUUUGAGCUUACACUUUCUAUUGCUGCAUGUCCUCUUGCUGAUUUAACACUUUUCCUUCUGUGUAUGGAUAGUGUUGCUCCAUGAAUGUAACCAAAGAAGCUUUGCUACAGAACCAACAGCCUGUAUGAAACGCAUGUGGUCUGUAUUUCAAACCACAUAAUUUUAUGCACUUUAAUGCAUGUGUGUCACACUGUACACUGGUGUUUUUAUUGCAUAUGAUUUUAAAACUUAAAAGAGUAUAUACACAGAGUACAAUAAAUGAUAUGUUCACUGGCUGCAGGAAUAAGCUUCUUUUUGCACAAAUCCUAACGGUAAGAGCAGACUUUGAUUUAUGGACUAAGAUAUUCGAAUAAACAAUUUCUGUGGAAAUAUAUGAAUGUUCAAUUUCAGGCAUAUUUAAUACAAUGCACAAUGUUACAAACUGUCUUACAGUCCGUAGAUAAAGCUCUGCUGAAACACGUGUUUUGUUUUGCCACUGUUUGACCGAUUCCAGUAAAACUCUGCUAAACACUGGAUGGACAAAGUGUGUUAAGUUAUCCAAAGAGUCAGAUAGCACCGUGUUGUUUUUGGUUAAAUCAUAUUAUAUAUUUCUGUAAAUUUUUGUGAAAGUCUGUUUUCCUGGAUCAUUUGUAAAUAUUCAAAUAAAGAUACUUUUAUUGUACAUUUAA